CUCUGUCGUCAUCACGUCGCUCCGGAGGGAGCGCCUCGUCCGGGGCCACGCCUUCCCAGCGCGCCGGACCUCCGCGGUUGCUAGGCGGCCUUGGAUACCUGACGGCGGGAUGCUGGACGGCGUCAGGUGAAGGUGGUGGUCACAGGGCCUCAGGUAACCAUGGAGAAAGAGCUUCGGAGCACCAUUAUAUUUAAUGCAUACAAAAAGGAGCUAUUUACCACCAACAAUGGCUAUAAAUCUAUGCAGAAAAAACUUCGGAGUAAUUGGAAGAUUCAGAGCUUAAAAGAUGAAAUCACAUCUGAGAAGCUAAUUGGGGUGAAACUGUGGAUUACAGCUGGGCCAAGAGAAAAAUUUACUGCAGCUGAGUUUGAAGUCCUGAAGAAGUACCUUGACAGUGGUGGCGAUAUCCUUGUGAUGCUAGGAGAAGGUGGAGAAUCCAGAUUUGAUACCAAUAUCAACUUUUUACUAGAAGAAUAUGGAAUCAUGGUUAAUAAUGAUGCUGUUGUUAGAAAUGUGUAUUACAAGUAUUUCCAUCCUAAAGAAGCUCUAGUUUCCAAUGGAGUUUUGAACAGGGAAAUUAGCCGAGCUGCAGGAAAGGCUGUGCCUGGAAUCAUUGACGAGGAAAACAGUGGCAACAAUGCCCAGGCUCUCACCUUUGUCUAUCCUUUUGGUGCCACAUUGAGUGUCAUGAAACCAGCAGUGGCUGUUCUGUCUACAGGCUCUGUCUGCUUCCCACUUAACAGACCCAUUCUGGCUUUCUAUCACUCAAAGAACCAAGGUGGAAAGCUGGCAGUGCUUGGCUCAUGUCACAUGUUCAGUGACCAAUAUUUGGAUAAAGAAGAAAACAGCAAAAUCAUGGAUGUUGUUUUCCAGUGGCUCACGACAGAAGAUAUCCACCUAAACCAGAUUGAUGCUGAGGACCCUGAGAUUUCUGACUACAUGAUGCUGCCCGACACAGCCAGCCUGUCCGAGCGCCUUCGAGUGUGUCUCCAGGAGGGCGAUGAGAACCCACGGGACUUUACCACCCUCUUCGACCUGUCCAUUUACCAGCUGGAUACCACCUCCCUCCCCAAGGUCAUCAAGGCUCAUGAGCAGCUAAACGUGAAACAUGAACCCCUCCAGCUCAUACAACCUCAGUUUGAGACACCGCUGCCAGCCCUUCAGCCUGCGGUUUUCCCUCCUAGUUUCAGGGAACUACCACCUCCUCCUCUGGAGCUGUUUGACUUAGAUGAGACAUUCUCCUCUGAGAAGGCACGGCUUGCUCAGAUUACCAAUAAGUGUACUGAAGAAGAUCUGGAAUUCUACGUCAGGAAGUGUGGCGACAUUCUUGGAGUAACCAGUAAACUACCAAAGGACCAACAAGAUGCCAAACAUAUCCUUGAGCACAUCUUCUUUCAAGUGGUGGAGUUCAAGAAAUUGAACCAGGAACAUGACAUUGACACAAGUGAAAUGGCAUUCCAGAGCAAUUUCUGAAGACUGUGCCUCUUGAAGCAUUUUCUGCCUCCUGACUCCUCUCUUUGUAAUCUAUUUUUGAAUUGUUCCUCAACUCCUUAUCAAAAUUAUCAUACAGUCUUUCCUCUAUGAGCUGUGGAAGGUCUGUGCAUUUUCUAUAGUACCUAGAUAGGUAUAAGAUUUCUAAUUUACAAAAUAUCCUUAUGUAAGAUAUGCUCCAUUUUUUAAUUAAAUCUAUGUUGAAUGAGUACUUUUAUA